AUGUGGAAUAAACUGUUCAGCUGGGUUAGAUGUGAUUUCCCGGCCUUAAAUUGCUUUUCAGACUUGGUUGAGCUGGUUGGGCAACGAAAGCAGAAAUUGGACCUGUUUGCAGUAGUAGCCUGGUAUGUUUGGCAGCGAAGAAAUAAAUUGAGAGCAAACGAAUCAAGUAUCCCUCUUCAAAACACUUUGAUCUCGGUAGCUCAACUCCUGACAGAUUUCCAAAAGAGAAGACUAGUCAUUCCAUCUCAAAGCCUGAUGUCAGAUUCUAAGUGGAAGCCUCCAGAUAAGGAUGAGUUUAAAACCAACUAUGAUGGAGCAGUUUUUCAGGAGACUAAUGAAGCAGGUAUUGGUGUGGUGAUCCGAAACGAUGAAGGUGAAGUUUUGGGGGCUCUGUUCGAGAAGAUAGCCAUGCCUGGGUCAGUUGUAAUGGUGGAAAUGCUUACGACUAAGAGAGCGGUCCAAUUUGCUCUUGAAAUUGGAAUUACUCACUCAGUCUUUGAAGGGGACUCUCAGAUUAUUUACAAGGCUCUCUCUACUGAUGUUACUCCCCUUUCGUCCUUUGGACACAUAGUUAAAGACACUAAGUCUAUUGCUAGUUCACUUGUGAACUUUUCCUUCUCUCACACUAGAAGGCAACUUUGUUACUCAUACCUUAGCUAG